UUCCAUUGCUCAAAAAAAGUAAACUACAAAAACUACUCAUACUACCAACCUCUCUCUACACUCUGGAAAAUCCAGAAAACCCUUUUCCAUUCCAACCCUAGGUACUCAUUGUAGAAGAGGGUUUUUCUUUAUUUUCCUUCAUUUCUCUUUUACAACAUCAUAUACAUACAAUACAGUUUGUUUGAUUUUCUCUGUACAUGCAUUUCAUUAUUGGCAUGUUGGUUCUUUGUUCUAUUUCGUAAAGAGGAUGGUAGAGAUUCCAGGACGACAGGCUCAUAGUUUGAUCCUUGAGGGUUCAAACGAAGUCGCGGAGUAUGAUAAUAUACAGUUUAGAAGUCAUGGUGCAAAUAACGCACCAGUCCAGAAAAUAGGAUCCGUAUUUAACCGAUCCAAUGAUAACGGUCCAAUUUCACGCUUGAGCAAGGAUGGAGGCAGCACAGGAAGUCCCCAAGGCAACAAGCAGCCUUCAGAUAUGGAGUUGAUGAAGGAGAGGUUUGCUAAGUUACUUCUGGGAGAAGAUAUGUCUGGUGGCGGGAAGGGCGUUGCAUCUGCUUUGGCUUUGUCAAAUGCCAUUACAAAUCUUGCUGCUUCUGUUUUUGGAGAACAACGGAAGCUAGAGCCCAUGGCUGCAGAUAGGAAAGCGAGGUGGAGAAAAGAAAUCGAUUGGCUUUUAUCUGUAACAGAUAAUAUUGUUGAAUUCGUCCCUUCUCAACAAAAAUCCAAGGAUGGAACAAAUAUGGAGAUAAUGGUGACACAACAAAGAAGAGAUUUGCUAAUGAACAUACCAGCUUUGCGCAAGCUCGACGCAAUGCUUCUUGACUGCCUAGAUAACUUCAAAAACCAAAACGAGUUCUGGUAUGUGUCGAACGAUGCUGAUGAGUCUGAGAAAGGUGUCCAGAGAGACGAGAAAUGGUGGCUUCCUACUGUGAAGGUUCCAUCCAAUGGGCUACCAGAAAUGUCGCGAAAAUGGUUGCAAUUUCAGAAGGAAUCUGUGAACCAAGUACUUAAAGCCUCCAUGGCCAUAAAUGCUGAAACACUAUCAGAAAUGGAGAUCCCUGAAAACUACAUUGAAUCACUCCCCAAGAAUGGGAGAGCGAGCCUCGGUGAUAUAAUCUAUAAGAGCAUUACAGAUGAAUUCUUUGAACCUGGUCAAUUCCUUGCAAGCAUGGACUUGUCAACUGAUCACAAAAUUCUUGACCUUAAGAACAGAAUUGAGGCUUCUAUAGUGAUUUGGAGAAGGAAGAUGAACCAAAAGGAUGGAAAGUCUUCUUGGGGUUCAGCUGUGAGUAUGGAGAAGAGAGAGCUCUUUGAAGAGAGAGCAGAAACCAUCUUACUCCUACUCAAACAUCGGUACCCUGGACUUCCUCAAUCUGCUCUAGACAUAAGUAAGAUCCAAUAUAACAGGGAUGUGGGACACUCUGUUUUAGAGAGCUAUUCAAGGGUACUAGAAAGCUUAGCCAACACAGUGAUGUCUCGCAUUGAGGAUGUCCUUUACGCGGACUCUGUUGCUCAAGAUCCAUCACUGAUAGUAAGCAAGAGGAAGCCCUCAACAAAUUCCUCCCCAGUAACAACACCAAGGGGUUCUUUUACUGCAGAGACAAUGACACUAUCGGAUUUCAUGGGUUGGCAGUUGGACCAAGGGGAGGCAGAGAUGGAAAAGAAUAAUUCAGAAAGCAACUUAGACAUUUUAUCUAACGAUGAGAAUGAGAAGACCAUUAGCAAACCUGCCAAAGAGACCAGCAGAAAAUUCUCAUACACUUCUUGGGUGUGAUUUAAGAGUCCAAAUGCUUGCCAAUAAUAGUGCUAACAGUAGAAGUGGAAAGAGAAAUGAUAAAUGGGAAGAAAGGGAAAGAGAAGGUGAAUGGGACUCGGAUAACCAAGAAAAAAAAGACAAGUUUUAGGGAGCUUUACCUAUUGAAUGUAAAUAUUCAGACACAUUAAGGUGUCUUUGGGUUAGAGUCCAUUGACUGUUCUUUCCUAUUCUUUGUAGGACAGUAUGAGUAAUUAAAUACUAAUUAUAUACAUCUGAGAUGUCCUUUCUAGC